CCGUCUCGAGACCCCAACUCGCCCCCCUCCUUCCCUCCCCCUUUCCUCUCUCUCUCUCUCUCUCUCUCUCUCUCUCUCUCCUUUCGCAUCCCAUCGCAUCACAUCACAGCCCCCACCGCCGGCUGGCUUGCUGCUGCUCCGGCCUCUUCCGCCUCCGCCUCGCGUGAGGUCGUCCUCCGGUGCUCGGCUCUCGGCGGCCAGGGCGCUCUGCGUCGGCGGCGGAGAGGGAUCGGCGGGGACGAUGGCGAGGGAGCGGCGGGAGAUAAAGAGGAUAGAGAGCGCGGCGGCGCGGCAGGUCACGUUCUCCAAGCGCCGUCGCGGCCUCUUCAAGAAGGCCGAGGAGCUCUCCGUGCUCUGCGAUGCCGACGUCGCGCUCAUCGUCUUCUCCUCCACGGGGAAGCUCUCCCAGUUCGCCAGCUCCAGUAUGAAUGAGAUCAUUGACAAGUACAACACACAUUCUAAAAAUCUGGGGAAAGCAGAACAGCCUUCACUUGACUUGAAUUUGGAACAUAGCAAAUAUGCAAAUUUGAAUGAGCAACUUGCGGAAGCAAGCCUUCGACUCAGGCAGAUGAGAGGUGAGGAGCUUGAGGGAUUGAGUGUUGAAGAACUACAGCAGUUGGAGAAGAACCUUGAAGCUGGUCUUCACAGGGUGCUUCAAACAAAGGAUCAACAAUUCUUGGAACAGAUCAGUGAGCUCCAACGAAAGAGUUCACAGCUGGCAGAGGAGAACAUGCAACUGAGGAAUCAAGUAUCCCAGAUACCCCCAUCUGGCAAGCAAGUGGUUGCUGAUACUGAAAAUGUUAUUGCUGAAGACGGGCAAUCUUCUGAAUCAGUGAUGACUGCACUGCACUCUGGAAGUUCACAGGAUAAUGAUGAUGGUUCGGAUGUAUCCCUGAAAUUAGGGUUGCCGGGCGUUGCAUGGAAAUAAGAGCAUAAAAGCAUCCAUGCGGAUCUGAAGGGAGCUGCCGCCUCAGCGGAUAGGCACUCGUGCUAUGGACAAAUCCAGACUGCAAUAAUCUUUGCAUUGGAAGCGAGAUCAGUUAACCUGAUUUGUCAUCCUUGUGGCUUCAUGAUGCGAUGUUCCGCUUGUACCGUACCGUCUGCUAGGAUGUUAACUAAGCUUUUAGAAUCAUGUCUACUGCUGUUCUUGUCACUGUACUGCUAUGUACUUGAUGCUAUCAUAAGUUAUGAUCUAUAGCUUGGCAUCUUACCUAUAUACUA